AUGGUGUCGAGGAUUGUGUGUUUUAUUUUGAUGGUUGGUUUGGCGAAUGCUGCCACCUUUAUGGGAAAGUUGCCCAUGAAACCUAAAGAACACGCUCACAAAACAGGCUGUUAUAUUGCGGAGAUCAAUGAUGUUAUACCUUAUGGAGAGAUGGUUGCGCCAGUCGGUGUUUGCUACAGGAUAGAGUGUUCUAGACAUAUGCUUUACUAUGCAUCAUGCGGAACUAUAUCUAUGGAUGGUUCACCGAACUGUUUUGUUUCGGAUGAAGAUUUGAGAGUGCCGUAUCCUAGUUGCUGUCCUGAAAUAAAAUGUGAACAGGAUAACUAUCUCAUA